GACAAUGCCCAUCUCCUCACGCCUGGUGCCCACAGGCCGCCCCCUCUUUUGUAUACUAAGUCCUUCGUCUCUCUGGUGGGGGCAGUUUCGGGUCUCCGCCCCUUCAGCUGCACCUUCUUACGCUCGCCCGUGUCGCCUAGGAACGGCGGUAUCCGCCUACUCUCCAUAGUUACGGCACCAGCGGAGGUGGCAGCCGCCAUCUUGUAGACAUGAGCGGGUCGAACCGUGAAGCGGCUAAAGAAGAACGCAAGAAAGCGGGGGGCGGGGUAAUCAACCGUCUGAAGGCGCGGAAGGUGCAGGGCCGGGAAGGAGGCGACGCCGACCACAGAGCCGUGAUCCCGGUCACCGAGCACGAGUUGCCGGGCCUGAAGGAGCUGAGACCGGAGCACGUCCUGGGCCUGAGCAGAGUCACUGAGAAUUAUCUAUGUAAACCUGAGGAGAACGUCUACGGCAUUGACUUCACCCGCUUCAAGAUCCGGGAUCUAGAGACUGGCACUGUUCUCUUCGAGAUCUCCAAGCCGUGCUCUGAGCAAGAAGAUGAGGAUGAAGAAGCUGGACAGGUGGAUAGUAGUGCUGGGCGCUUUGUGCGAUACCAAUUCACACCAGCAUUUCUCAGACUUCGAAAAGUUGGAGCUACUGUGGAGUUCACUGUAGGUGACAAACCGGUGAAGAAUUUUCGGAUGAUUGAGCGGCAUUAUUUCCGUGAUCACGUACUUAAAAGCUUUGAUUUUGACUUUGGCUUUUGCAUUCCAAACAGUAGCAAUACAUGCGAACACAUGUACGAAUUUCCACAGCUUUCAGAAGAACUUAUUCGUUUGAUGAUUGAUCACCCAUAUGAGACAAGAUCCGAUAGUUUCUAUUUUGUGGAUAACAAACUUAUCAUGCACAAUAAAGCAGAUUAUGCCUACAAUGGUGGCCAGUAAGCAUCUGCUUUCUAGGACUGAUGUAUUUUGGGAUGUAGCAUUCUUUGACAAGAGCAGAGGAUUUGGGGAUGUAUUGGAGGUCAAUCCUGUGCUUGAAGUAUCUUGGAGCAUUGUCUCUUUCUUUCUCCUUUUUUCACCUUUUAUAAAGUGCUGUAAUACAAAACUUAAGACUUUGUACAAAAGAUAUUUAUUUUUUUUAAAACCAGUGCGCUCAUCCUUUAUUGGCAGUUAUACAGCCUUCUGAGCUGUAAAGGAAGCUUAUACAUAGUACAUGAACUCUUCAGAGAAAAGGUUUGCAGAAUUUGAUUCUUGGUUUGUGCAAUACUCUUCUUCUUAUCCCCUUACUUAAGGAGUAGAUGUCUGUUCAUGCAGAGCAGUAUUAAAAAAUAAAUCGAAGUCCAAACAAUUUCCGUAAGACAUAUAUAACUUCAAUAUUCCAUAUUUUUUUUUUUUUAUGAAUGUAAAGUGCUUAAAGGGAAACUGAUAGGGUCACAAGCACUUAUUUGAAUAUACAGGUAGAUAAUGCUGAUUUAAACGUGUCUUAGACUAUGUUCACACGGGGGAGAUUCUGCUAUUUCACUCAAAUCCCAUUCUGCAGAGUUUGCUGCGGAAUUCUUGCAGAAUUUCAUCUGAAUUUCUGUGUGCUCAAAACUCCUAAUUCUGCCGAAAUUCAAAGCCCCAUUGAAUUCAAUGGGGUUCUGCCUGAAAUUCUGCAAAAUUUAAAGACAGGUCUUAUAUUUCUGCGGGAUAGGAUACAGAAUGCCCAUUGCACGUGAUGUGCUUCAAAUUUAGCGGAAUUUCUACUGUGUUAAAAUAGCCUUACAGAGCGAAAGUCAGUGCAGCCGUUCAGAACAUAUCCAUCUUGAUGCUAGUAUGGUUUGUACUUCCAUCCGCUCUGGGAGGCAACUGCUGCUGUAUGUUUAUAAAAGCUUUUUCCUGCCCAUUCUGGACGAUAAUCCCACCCUUUUCAGCGGAUAACCCGCCCCUUCAUAAAUAUUUUAUCCCCUCUUCCUCAGCAUUUCUGAAGGAGGUGAAGUUAUUGACCAAAGGGUCCAAGCUUUGCACAUGCAGCAGCCGACUCCCAGUGCCGUUAAAAGGAAACUUACAUUGGGUGAAUCUGAUUACAAUGAAGUAUCCUUUACCUGGACCCGCAAUCUGGUUUCGGAGAUAAAUGUAUUAGCCGACAUUGCUAAUCUGGAAAUAGACGGUUUUGCGCAAUGGAGGCGGAAGCCAGCAUACCCAGAUUCCCUGCCUCCAUUGUGCAAAACCGGCUAUUUCCAGAUUAGCAAUGUCAGCUAAUAGAGCAUGUAUCUUGGAACCAGGUCAGUGAUGGCUGAUUGUAAUCUGGUUCACCUGCACUACAAGGCUAUGUUCACAUGUCGGAAUUUCUGUGCCGAAUUCCGCAUUGGAAUCCAGCGCGGAGAUUCCACUGCAGCAGGGACCUGUUGAAGUCAACAGGACUCUGCUGCUCUGUGCACAUGGAGGAAUGUUCAUUUUUUUGUGCAGGCUCGGCACAGAAAGCAUAGCCGUCUAUGAGACUGCUCAUUCCCCUGCGGUCCUAGCACCCACAGAUUUCGCCCCACAGUUUGCGUAAUGUUCACACAGAGAUUUUCUGUGCGGAUGUUCCGUAGUCUGAACAUAGCCUAACUCAGUAUUAGGUUGAACCCGCUGUCAUUUUCCCUUUUUUAAGAAGUAAAAACCAUGUUAGCAACAAAAUGGGAAUCUCCUGAAUGGCUGCACCGAUUUUUCACCUAUAUUCCUGUAUAUAUAUAUAUAUAUAUAUUAAUGCAGGUGACUCUGCUGUCAAUUUCCCUUUUAACUUAGACAUUAUUUUGAUGCUUUUUAGGUCACUUCUGUCUGCUAGGCGCAGAACAAUGAACAUCCCGUAGACAUUAAACACAAACCAUAACUGAUUGGCCUUUUGAGUAUAAUGGGGGCCAUUGAGUUACGGUCAUGUGGGCAGACUUAUCAAAACCUGUAUUUAGUUUUUAAAAGGCCUCUGAAAAGAAAAUCUGGCUGCUAUGGCAACUGCUCCACUUUUCCUCUUCACAAGUUUUGAUGAAUCUCCCCCAUGGUGUUUGAUGUUUUAGCAGAUAAAAUAGCACUGCAUGCUGUACUGUCCUGUAUUUUUAACAGAAUCUACAAAGGAGGUUCCUGAACUGUUAAUGCAGUUGUGAACAUAGAGUUACAGGGCGCUUUUUCACGCAAUUUAACAUUGUGUGUUAAAAAAAAAUAAAAA